AAACUAUGCUUCUUGAUGACCUGAGAACAGAUGAGAUUGAUUUAAUCAAGAAAACAUUUCAUCAGUUCGAUUAUCGUAACAUCGGUUUCAUAUCUCACGAAGAUUUCGCCAAUGCAUUACGCUGGCUGAAACUGAUACCAUCCGAAGCAGAAAUAGCACAAGUCUUACAGGAAAUCGACCCAGAAAAUCUAGGACGUAUUAAAAUUGAUGCAUUUGUUCACAGUGUAGUGAAAUUCUGGUUUCCAACACCACAAAAAUUUGAAGCCUAUUUAUGGGAUGCAUUUUCAGCAUUUGAUAAAGAGCUGAAAGGCAGUAUAUCGAGUGAUUUGUUAAAGGAGAUUUUAACCGUUCAUGGUACAGAACCGAUACCAGAGAAGGAAGCAAACAAAAUUAUCAAACGUUAUGAAACUAAACCUCAAAGAAUGAUUGAAUACAGUUCAAUAAUCAAUGAUUGGAUGAGAUGAAAUCUGAAGAUGGGAGGAUAUACAGC